UGAUCUGGUAUUCAAAGUAGGGCGUAUAAAUGUGCACGAUAUUUAGUUAUAUUUUCAAUAUACGGUUAUUUUUCACAGUGUUAUCGUACAUUUUACAAUAGUUAAUAUUGUUGCUACGAACAAGGAGUUUAAUUUGUUUAAUUUAAUCGAUUAUGGCACAAAAUUACAAGCAUACGAAAAUAGGAAUUCUGACUGUGGCUACAUUGCUUGUAAUGACACUAGCGUUCACGUUUCAACACAUAAACGUCUUUUCAACACAAAUAUUUCAUACAUAUACAGAAACUACGGAAUUAAUGAUCAGUAACACAUCGCACGGCUAUGGCAUCAGUGAUCCACGAGACCCAAAAUUUUACAAUAUCAUACUUGAAGAGGACGCGCUCGUGUUUAAACCUUGCAAAGAUGUUACUAAAGCAGCUUCGAUAAGUCACUCAAAAAUAUCACUGACAGAUCGUGUGAGUGGGUCUUACAAUAUUGGUGAAGAUAUUCGAGCUAUUGUAACUCUGUACGAUGGUUAUGGUAAACGUAAACAUUCCGGGGGAGAUCAUCUAAGAGCAACAAUAGAAAACAAAAUGCUAAAAGCAGCUGUCCCUUGUGUUGUGACUGAUAAUAAUGAUGGAACGCAAGCAGUGACAUGUGAGGCAUUAUGGAGCGGGACUUCAACAAUUCAAGUAACUUUAGCCUAUACAAGAGAAGCAAUUACAGCCAUAUAUAGAAUAAGAACACAAUUCAAGAGCGGAACUUACGACGAAACUACUAUCUGUCAUCCAAACGCUACACACCUGCUGAAGUUAACUAAUUACACAGACGUUUGUGAUAUGACUGAAAUAAACUUUGGAAUGUCGUUUUAUUGCGGGAAACCACAAAAUAAGCAUUUGCAGUGUCAGGACAUGCAGCUGGUAGAAGAUGGUAGAAUACCAGCUCCGGAACUUCAGUUCACAGGAUGCGAGAACAUUCUGAUGGAAAGAGGACAGCAAGCAUUAUAGAAUAUAGCGGUUAACGUACGUAACAAGAAUGGAGGUAGUCGUCAUUCAGUUAUAGAGAAAUCGUCCAUACCUUGUUCAAAGUACAACAUUACACUUCUCUGGUUGUCUAGAGAACCAACAGGCUUCUUUUAUGAUGGAAAAUGGAAUCUUCGAAAUUGUCUUGGUAUCCAACAAAAUUUUUAUGAGACAUGUCUUAAAAAUAGGAGGUUAUAUGUGUUUGGCGAUUCUACAACCAGAGCCUGGUAUAACAAUAUCCUUAAGCGUUUCCAAUGUCGACAGACUACAGAAAAAUGGCAAUUUGAAAAAUGGAAAAAAGAUUCGGAGUGUUACAAUAGACACAUUAAUUUUAAGGCAGGAUGGUAUCCACAAGCUCACCCAUUCUUCGCGCGGAGAUG